GUACUAAAUUUAUCUACGUCACACCCCCAAGAAAAGUCUAUAAAUAUAGAGCAUUCUCCCUCCAUAUUUCCACAACCUAAUAGUAUAAUUAAAUAAAAACAAAAAAGUAGUUAAUUAAACACACACACACACACACAGUCGAAGAGAGAUGGAAACAUUUUCCUGCAAAUCCGCCGCAUCUUUUCUAAUAGUGAUUUUCGUUAUCUACUCCUCCAUAAACUCGGGCUGCGCCGCCAGACCGGCCGCCGGAAACACCAACACAGAGUUUAUCCGAACAUCUUGCUCCGCCACCACCUACCCCACGCUCUGCUACUCCUACCUCUCAAGCCAAGCAACCGCCAUCAAGAAAGACCCGAAGCUCCUCGCCCACGCCGCCCUCUCCGUCAGCCUCGAUUCGGCCCGCUCCACCUCCGCCGACAUGGCCACGCUCUCACGCGCCGCCGGAAUGACCCGCCGGGAGGCAGGCGCCAUGCGGGACUGCGUGGAGGAGCUGAGUGACUCGGUGGACGAACUCAGAAAAUCCAUGGCGGAGAUGAACCAGCUGAUUAAGGGCGGCGGCGGCGGGUCAAACUUCGCGAUGAUGAUGAGUGACAUCCAGACUUGGGUCAGCGCCGCCUUGACGGACGAGGACACCUGCAUGGAGGGCUUCGCCGGAAAAUUCAUGAACGGCGCCGCCAAGACGGCGGUUCGUACGAGGAUUGUUAGCGUGGCGCAUAUGACGAGCAAUGCCUUGGCUCUCAUCAAUUGCUAUGCUGCCUUUCAUGGCUAAUUAAUUAGUAAUUAAACACUCUUUUUUUAUUUAUUUUUUAUUAAAUGUGAGAGAUGCUUAAUUAAUUUGUAUGAUUAGUUUUAUCAAAAUCCAAUUAAUUAGGACUAAAAUCUGCAAAUCUCUGAAGUUAGAUAAGGGCCAAAACGGUAUAUAUAUAUACAACAAAUGAAGGACCGAAAAACAAAAUUAUAUCUAGUGAAUGAAUAGG